AUGGCCUCAGAACCCUUACCUGAUCACUACAAGGCCCUCGGCGUCGACAAGAACGCCGAUGCGGCAACCAUCAAACUGAACCAUCGCAAACUGGUCCUCAAGUGCCACCCUGACAAGGUCACAGAUCCCGCACUCAAGCAGCAGAAGCAGGAGGAGUUCCACCGCAUCCAGGAGGCCUACGAGACUCUCAUCGACACCGAGAAGAGGGCCGAGUAUGAAGCGCAUCUGAGGCUCGAGAUUCUACGAAAGGAGAAGGCAGCAAGAGGAGCCGCCACAUCGAGUGCAGAGAAGACUGCUCGCUUCGAGACACGCACUUCAUCAGGCAAUGCAGCCUUCUCAGCUACCACACCAUCACGCUACUCUACCGAAGAGCGCAAACCUUCUCGCUCAUACGACGAGGAGGAACGAUACUACGACGAGCGCUCUCGUAGCAAGUACGACACCUACCCUGCAUACCCCAAGACUGGCUCAACACCGCGAUCAAGUCGCACGGAGAAGGAGUCAUCUUCUAGGUCUGCUGCCCGUCCUACCCAAGACCGAACACGGUCAGAGCGCACCAAGACGCGCGACAGGGAAACACGAAGCGACCGCAAGUUCAACUCUGUCGAUGAUGAGUCAUCGUCUGACGACAAAGCACGCUAUGAAGCAGACUAUAAGAGGCGCAGCGCUGAAGACGAGGCUCGGAAGCAAGCUACCGAAGCCAGCAGGCGCAAGACAGAGGAUCGACGGUCUUAUGAAGACCCACGCUACGGUGGUUCUAGUGGACGCAAGAUGAGCGUCCAGGAAGAAGAGGCGAUCCGCUAUCAGCACAAGUCUCGCGGACAGGUCGAGGCUGAGAUGUCUCGUCCUUCGCCUACCAGGACUUCCUCGCGAGACUACUAUGGCGAAAGCCGCUCGUCGCGCAAGGAGACUCGACCAGAGCCUGUUCGCAGGUCAUCUGCUGCUCGACCCAAGGAGCGCACAGCUUCCGGCCGUGACAGGGAGCGCGGCAUGCCCGAGAUUGUGGAAUGGAGUGAGCACAGGAGCCCCCCACCCUUCAAGCACUCGUCGUCUUCGCCCGCCAACAUCGAGUUGCCACGCGCGCCACAGCGCUCCUUCACCGAAACGUCUCGUGACCACCAUCAUGCAGAGACCUCGCCACCCCCAUCCUUCCACCGCUCGUCGACGAUGCCCUCAGUCCCGUCAUCGCGUAGAAAGGAAGCGACUGCCCCACGUCCUUCAGGCCUACGUGAGACUAUGACUCCCGAGCACACCACCCCGGAGCGUGACGCCUUCCCAUCUGUCCCGCCAUCUCAGCCUAAUUCAUCCAGAAAGGUUUAUCACUACCCCACGCCGCCUAGCGGUAGCGUGCCCAUUCGCCCAGAAGACAUUUCUACCAGCCAUCGCACCAUUCUGCGCGAGCCAGAACGCCACCGUGCACGCUCUCCCUCGCCACUCUCUCGACCUCCCAUUGGCGCCAAUCGACCUUCCGAAGUCUCCUCAAAAUCGCAGUACGCUACCAAGUCGGCAGUUCCUCCUCCACCGAUGGGCCGCACAACCUCUUCUCGCCACGUCUCGCCUGUUCGGGCCGCCGAAGAUCGCGGACGGACACGGCCAUCGCUCUACGGCGAAAUCGGUCGCUCGGACUCCGAGUACGGUCGUAGCAGAGGACGCCAGGCGAGCUUCAGUCCCGGUCAAGUACAGUAUGCUCCAAGGUUUGGGCCUGAAGAUGUCAAAUGGGCGCCAAGGAGUAGAGAAAGUGACCGAGAGUAUGCUAGUAAACCGUCGUUGGGCAGGACAGCUACAUACGUUUACUAG